AUGUCUGCAAAUACUCCUAUUACAUCAACAAUAACAACCGAUGAUAUAGAAAAAAUUAUUAUUAAAGCCUAUGGUCAAGCAGAAUCUAUUAUGGAUAGUUUACAAUUAACUAAAAUACUAAAGGGAAACAAUUUAAAUGACUUCAGAAAACUUAAUGAUUUUGUUUUUCAACAGCUUACUGGAAAAUUAAGAGUAGAUUGUUCGUAUUUUAAUGAAGAAGAUCUUCAAGAUAGUUUAGAUAAUGAUAAUAAUAGUAAUGGUGAAAUUGCUGUUGAACUUACCGAAACAAAUGUCGAAGCGAAUGAACAUUGUUCAGAUGAAGAUGAAGAAAAUAGUUAUUGUAUAACGAGCUCGAAAGAGACUUUCCAAGGAAUGAGGGUUUACGAUGAAAUCGAUUCAUCGAAAAAGUCUCAUUAUUUUCAAACUACCAUUAAUUAUAAACCGAAAUUUAUCCAUAAACAAGCAGCAGCACGAUUAUUGAUCAUAGAGAAAAACCGUUUAUCAUCAAGUAGACAAACACGAGUUCAACAAACAAGCAAGCAAAGUUAA